AUGGAACUUGGGACAAUGCAAAGAUGCAGAACAUCCUAUGAGAUAGCACAAUUCAGCAUAUCAAGACCAUUGGAAUUGGGCAAACUUUCCUUUGACGAAUUCAGAAGCAGAUUUAAUAUUCUGAAGGAUAUUCUAUGCAACUUUUGCAUUCUCCCUAAGAAGAUAAUCAAUGCAACAUGUUCCUCUUCAUGGAGAGGCAACUCAAUAUGUGUGGAAGCACUUUGGAGGGCCACUGGGAAUCAGAAUUUACAACUGGUUGGCUGGAACAUUCAGAGUACAAUUGCUAAAGCUUAUCCAAAAGUUGGUUCAACAUUACCUUGGAUCACUCUUUGUGAAAAACUUGUGAAUCUGAAACCUGUCUCAAAUCUUUAUAUUCAAAGUCCCAAUCUUGAAACCCAUUUAGCCGUGGUUGUAGACUUGUUAAAAUCCAAGGAGUUUGCUGAAGCCGAGAAUAUAUUGAAUGCUGUUGUUGUUACUGAUGGUAUGAGGAAACCAGUUUCAAAAAUAGCUUCUUUGUUGAGUGAGAAUCAUGUAAAGCGUAAGGUUAUAGGGAAGAUGUUUAAUAUGUUAUUUAGUGUUUAUGUUAAUAUCAUGAGGUUUAGUGAAGCUCUACAAGUUUUUGAUUAUAUGAAAAAAUGGCGCUUCAGAAUUGAUGAUAGAGCUUGUAUGGUUUACUUGCUUGCUAUGAAAAGGCAAAGGCAAUAUGACUCGUUGUUCGAGUUUUUCCAUAAGAUGGUUGAGUUUAAUGUGAAAAUUACAGUUUACUCUAUGACGGUGGUAGUUGAUGGAUUGUGUAAAAUGGGGAAGGUUUGUGAGGCUAGAAAGCUCAUGGAUGAAAUGGCUAGUAGAAGGGUGAAACCAAGUGAUUACACUUAUAACAUAUUGUUACAAGCAUAUAUGAAGAUACAAGAUUUUGUGGCUGUAAAGGAGAUUUUGAGGAAAAUGGAGAAGGAUGGUUUUGAUCUCAAUCUGACUAGUUAUACACUUCUGAUUAAAGGAUAUUCAACUUUUGGCGAUCUUGUAGAGGUUGAGAGGUUUUUUAAGGAAAUAGAAGAGAAGGGUAUAGAGCCAAAUGUUCAUUUAUGCACCUCCAUGAUUAGUGGUUAUAGUAAGUUAGGUAAUGUUAUGAAGGCAUUUUCAACGUUUGUUGAAAUGGUGGAGAGAGGCCUCAUUCCUGAUGGUCACACAUAUGGAGCUUUGAUAAAUGGCUUCUGCAAGGCUGGACUAAUGCAAGGAGCAGAAGUUUUGCUAAAUGAGAUGCAGGGCAAGGGCAUUAGCAUAGACCGGGUCAUAUUUAAUACGAUGAUGGAUGGUUACUGUAAGCAGGGUAAUGUGGAUAAAGCACUGAGGCUACAGACAAUUAUGGAGGGUGAAGGACAUCAGCCUGAUGCAAAUGCUUACAAUAUAAUUGCUACGGGCCUGCGUAAGCUAGAAUUGUAUGAUGAAGCAAAAAUGUUGUUGCUCUCAAUGGUGGAUCGAGGUGUAGCUCCAGAUACAAUUAGUUAUACAACUUUGAUCGAUAUUUAUUGCAAGCAGGGAAAUUUUGUGGAAGCAAAAAGGGCACUUAUUGAGAUGGAAACUAAGGGAAUUAAGCCUAGCACGGGAACGUACAACACCCUGAUAGAUGGUUAUUUCAAGCAUGGAAAUUUUAUUGAAGCAAAAAGGGCACUUAUUGAGAUGGAAACUAAAGGAGUUAAGCCUAACACGACAACAUAUACUGUGUUGAUAGAUGGUUAUUCCAAGCAAGGAGAUUUUGUUAAAGCUAAAAGGAUACUUAUUGAGAUGGAGAGUAACGGAGUUAAGCCUAACACCAAUACAUACACUGCACUGAUAGAUGGUUAUUGCCAGAAAGGUAUGAUGAAUGAAGCUCAUAAGCUAAGAAUUGUCAUGGAAUCUAAGGACUUGAUACCUAACGUCUAUACAUACACCUCACUUGUACAUGGGGAAUGCAAAUCAGGAAAGGUAGAUGAUGCUCUGAAGCUUUUCAAUGAGAUGCCUACAAAGGGUUUCGUUCCGAAUGUUGUGACUUAUACAGCAGUGAUUUCUGGCUUAUCAAAAGAAGGCAGAACAGGUGAAGCCCUCCGAUUAUACAAUCAGAUGAUAGAGGCAGGCGUAAUACCCGAUGCUGCUGCAUACUCUGCACUUAGUCUCGCCGGGAACUCGCCGAAGCUCGCCGGAAAACAUGGCAUCUGCACUUGUGUUAAGAGAUAAACUGAGUGACCAUGAAUGUUUAUGACUUUGAUAAUCUACAGUACCUUCAAAGACAUUUUCUGGCACUCAUAUAAGGACCAUUUUAGCUGGAUGUGCUCGAUCAUCAGUGGAGUACUGUGAAGUUCUCCUUCUGCAUUCCUCAUUUUCCUUGCAGAGACUCAAGUCACCAACUUUCCUCUUUUUCUGAAUUUGUGAAGACAAUUGGUAUGAGUCUGUUGAUACACUUAACUUUUUCAGAUAGAGUAUAGAGAGAAGAUUCAAUUACAGUUGAGUGGAACGGUGAGUUGUAAGAGAUUGUUGAAACAGAAGUGUUGAUGAAGAUGCUGAGCUAUGAAAACAUCGACAAGGUGAAGACAAUGUUGAAAGAACUGAAGAGGAAGUAGAGCAUGACAAUACUGCAUUUAUGCCACAUUCUAAUGAUAUGUUGCUUGGUUACUUUACCUUGAAAAGUUCAGUUCCUAAGGGAACAAAGUUCAAAAUCAACUAGGGUUUGUAAAAUGAAGGGAAUGUAUAACUAGGGUGCAGCCUCACUAUUUUGUUUGGGAAUGUAUUACACAUUGCUGUAUGUUUUGGAAAUUCUUAUGCUUUUAUUUAGGAAUAUUAUGUGA